AUGUCCAAUAUUCCCAAAAAUAAUUUUAAUUUAGAAGAAUUAUAUGGAGGAAUAAACAAUUUAAAUAAUGAAAAUAUUUUAAAUAAUUAUGGAUCAUUAAUUCAAUCAAAUACAAAUUCUUAUCAGUUUCCUCAAUCUCAGGGAUAUUUUGGAGGAGGAGGUUAUUCCUCUAUUGGAAACCAAUUUGGUGAUAAUAAUAAUUUUAUUUAUGGAAAUGGAAUUCCUUCUGAAUUUGAUAUUGAGGGAAGAGAUGAAGAAGAAGAAGAACAAAGUGAUGAUUGGAGUGAAAAUCAACAACAAAAAUUUUCAGUUUCAACAGGCAAUUUAAUUGGAGAAGCAGCAGCACGGGCAGUUCUUGAAGGGUUGGAGGGGAGAGGAGGAAAGGGAGAACAACAAAUGAGAAAGACAUUAAUUGAAAAUAAUAAAAAUAAUUAUUUUAAAUUGGAUGAGCAGCCAUACAUUGAUUAUUUGCAAUCUGAGGGGAGGAAAAAUUUAUGUGGAUCUCCAGGUGUUGCUCCUUUUGUAGGGCUUGAAACUUCUUUGCAAGGAAUUGAUAGUAUUAAAGAUCCUUGUCAACAACCAUCAUCUACUUCAUUCUCUUCAUCAUUUCCUCCACCACAAACAUCUAAUAAUAAUUUAAAUAAUUUAAUUUCUCCUUCAAAAUCAUUUAUAAAUUCACCCCCAACUUCUUUUAAUUUAAAUAAUUUAUUAACUCAACCAACAACAAAUACCUCCUCUACAUCUUCCUCCUCCUCUUUAUCUUCUUCAAAUACUCAUUAUUCCCUUAGAGGUUCAGAUAUUCCCUUUCCUUUUGGCACUUUACAAAAUAAAGAUAAAGAAGACCAAUUAUUACCUUCUAAUUUAAAAGAAGAACAACAACACCAACAACCAAUUCAAAAAAGUGUUACAUCAAUUCAAGCACUUACACAACAAGUAAAUUAA